AUGGUAGCCUCCACCACCUUCUCCAUCAUCCUCUCUCCACUCUCGCUUUCUGCCACCGGUCCCCAGCUGACUGCACCAUUCACGGGGAAACCUUUAGAGAAGAGCCUCAGUCAUCUAUCCGGCAACUCAUCCAUCACUGCAAAAUGUACCAGCCAACAGGAAUAUGAACCCAUCAUCUACCACCCCAAACGCUCCUCCCAGAGUGUACACCAGGACUUCACAGUUCAGUGUGAAAAGAUGGACAUUCCUUUUCUUUCCUAUCUACCCACAGAGGUGCAACUCAUCAACGAUGCCUACAACCUAGUGAUUGAUGCUAUGCUGGGCCCAGAGUCUGACCCCACUAAUGUUAAGGAGCCGCGUCCUGGUAUUCUGUGCAGCUUGAAGCAGGUCAAGAUUCCCAUUGCCAGUGUGGAUGUUCCAUCAGGUUGGGAUGUAGAAGAGCCGAGUCAGGACGGGAUACACCCCGAAGUUCUCAUCUCGCUCACAGCACCGAAGAAGUGCUCCAUGAGUUUCUCUGGCAAGCACUUCUUGGCCGGGCGCUUUCUGCCUUAUGACAUCCAGAAGAAAUAUGAGCUGAACCUACCGGACUACCCUGGCACAGACUGUGUUAUAGAACUGUAACACACCAGCUGUGAUGCUCUGAUGUACCCAUUUUAGUUGCGUAAAACAGAUUCCACUUGAGUUUAAUGUGCUGUUGAGGUAGUGUAGACCAGCGGUCCUCAACCUUUGUAGUGCCACGGAUGGGUUAAACGAUAAGACGGCCAAUAAAAACUGGUAUUUCCUAAAUACAAUAAUAAACGUUUAGCCACUUUAUUAGCAGCAUCCUCGUAACAUGGCGCUAGUCUUUCAAUGCAGAACGCCGGUUUUGAAGGCUUCAUCGCCUCAUUGGAGAGGUGUUUGCCAUGUCGGCUGGAAUUGGGUGCAAUUUUCUUUGAAGACGUAGAGUUUUCUUCUGUCUUCUCACUGGCUCUUUCCCCUGCGCUAAGAAAUUUCCCAAAGACGUUUGUUGUUUGUGAUGGAGACGAGCAUCUUCACGUCUCAAGUGUGAGUCAUAGUCAUAGGUGAAGGAGGGAAUAAUUAUUCAAAAGAAAGCAUCGUUCAGAAUCAGAUAAAAAGUAAAACGGAAAUAAUGGAACCUGCGGACCGCUGCUGGUCUGUGGCCCGGGGGUUGGGGACCACUGCUGUAGAGGGAUGUUAUGUAGCAACUAAAGUGUGAGUCAUGUGUUUUUAGAGAAUGGCAUAAAAGAAAUCUGCGUGUCAGACUUCAUAAAAAGCCGUAGCGUUGCACUGUUUCCCAGUUCCAUUUGAUAAGACCGUACAAUGAGGGAUGAGUUUUAUUUUUUACCGAUGUCGGAGGCCGUAAGUAAUUUAUGUUCCUAUAUAUUUCGUAUAUUUCAGCUGUGAGGGUUGUAUGUUGCUGUUUUCAUUUCUGCAAACCACAGAUAUAUGUGAGCUGAGUAAAUAGUAGGUUUUUAUAUGUAUGCAUGUCUACAGAUGUGCACAUCAACGUAGAAGGAUUUUUAACAACAGUCAGAAAGAAGGGAAUGACACUGAUCCCAUGCAUUUGUAAGUGUGGUUAGGUAAAACAAAAUCCCACCUGGAUAAAGCAUUAGUAUGUUUUUGUUGGGUGUGAGAGUCAGUAAUUACAGGCCAAAAGAAAUUCAGACACCGAGAGCACAGGGAGAAAACGUUCAACCGUGUAUUAAUAAGGUAAGUUGAAAACCAACGGCAUGAUGCUUUAUUAGUGGCUGUAUUUGUAAAUGUCUUUUUGUAAUGUAAGAUUAACCAAUCAUGACAUUGGCGUGUAGUGUGUGUGGAGGGGAUCAGGAAGCUGGUCGUGGUCCAGACCGGACUGUUUGGUGUGCCAGAUUCGGCCCAUGUGCCGCUGGUUGAUGAUCACUGCCGUUACUGAUAAUCCAGUUGACGAUGACUGCCCUAAACGUGGUGGAGAACCGCGGCGGCUGUAGAAAUGCUAACAGGCUACAUUUAGGGCCGAUAAGUAAAAGGUGAAAAUCAGAAAGAUGUGUGAUAGUUUGCAGAGAGGUAAAAUAUCAACACUUUUGUCAUAUGAAGGUGAGGUGGUAAAUGUAAGAGUUGAAAAGAAGUUUUGCUCAACAGUUGUAUUGGGGGCAGCAGU